AAUGGCCCCAGAUCUAGUGAGAAUAGGCAGAGGAGUUUGGACUGAGUGGCAGUUCCUUCUGGUAAAUGCCACGGCGGUUUUUGAACCUUACCCUGGACUUGCUUCAGAAGCAGUUAAAAACAGCAAUAAAGCGCUGACUGUAACCCUGGUUUAGUUUCAUAUUAGAAGGUCUCUAGGAUCCUGCAUCUUGUCCCAGGCUUUGGGAAACCAGACACCAGGAGGCUCAGUCAUUAGCAGGUGAGAGGAGCUAAAGCCUUUGGCGUUGGUAGCUGUUUCUGAGUCAGGAGGAGUCCCAGCAGAGCCAGCAAGCACGGGGGUGUUUGGGCAGAGUAGGAUCUGUGCCUCCUGGGCUGGUGGAGCAACCUGGGCACCUCCUGCUGCUUCUCUGGCGAACGAGUGAGCCGGCAGGAGUGAGGCUGGUGCAGGCAGUGCCCAGCCCGCAGGAGAAGGCCCCACCAGGCUGCGGCACCGUGCAGCCCAGCUAUAGGGAAGCCAGAGCCUGGGCUGUGGAGGUGCCGUGUGCGUUGGGGGAGCCGCCCUGCCCGUGGCCAGGGAUGGAGGCCAAUGGCAGCAUGGCCAGCGAGAUGGGCUCGUGCUUCCGCAGCACCAACCUCAGCACCAACCUCAGCGAGAACGGCAGGAAGCUGAUUGUCUCACGCUGGUUCUCCACCGCCUUCGGCAGCAUCGGCCUUGCCUCCAACCUCUUUGCCCUCUGUGUGCUGGUCAGCUCCUCCCGGAAGAUGCACAGCCGUGCCCGCUCCUCCUUCCUCAUCUUCCUCUGCGGCCUGGUGGUGACGGACUUCCUUGGCCUGCUGGUGACCGGGACCAUCAUCAUCUCCUACCACUUCACCAAGUUCAACUGGAUGGUGGUCGACCCUGCUUGCUACCUCUGCAAUUUCCUGGGCCUCUCCAUGGUCUUCUUCGGCCAGUGCCCGCUGCUGCUGGGCGCCACCAUGGCCGGGGAGCGCUUCUUUGGCAUCAACCGCCCCUUCUCCCGCUCCACCAGCAUGUCCAAGCGCCGAGCCUGGUUCAUGGUAGGCAUGGUCUGGGCCUUCUCCUUCUCCCUGGGACUCCUGCCCAUCCUGGGCCUGGGGGACUACACCCUGCAGUAUCCCAACUCCUGGUGCUUCAUCACUCUGCUGCAUGAUGCCAAGAACGUCACCUUCUGCCUGAUCUUCGCCCUGCUGGGCAUCCUGGCCGUAGGCCUCUCCUUCCUCUUCAACACGGUCAGCGUGGUGACGCUCUGCCGGGUCUACCAUGACCGCGAGUCAGUGCAGAGGCGGCGGGACAGCGAGGUGGAGAUGAUGGUGCAGCUGGUGGGCAUUAUGAUCAUUGCCACCGUCUGCUGGUUACCCCUGCUGAUAUUUAUCAUCCAGACGGUCCUGCAGGAGCCCGCCCCCGGCUUGCUGCCCCGACACAUCCCGCGGCAGACCGAGGAGAUGCUGCUGAUCUACCUGCGCAUGGUCACCUGGAACCAGAUCCUGGACCCCUGGGUCUACAUCCUCUUCCGCAGGGCUGUGCUGAAGCGCAUCUACCCCAGCCUCAAGACGCGGCCCUCCAUCGGCUCCCUCUACCCCAUGCUCAACACCUCCCUGCGCCGCAAGCUCACUCAGGAGUCCGUGCUGCAGUAGCGGAGGGCAUCUGGGCGGGCAGCGGGCCCAGAGUAGGCACUGCCAGGGCCACCUGCUCGGGGGGCACGAGGGGGGAGACAGGCCCCAGCCCUGGACUCGGGCUGCCCCAGGGACAGCAAGUUUGGGUUGGCACCUGAACCGAUGUUGCCUCCAAUCUCUGGACCCGGCUCGCCUGGCAGCAGGGAGCUGUGGGGCUGAGCUCCCUGCCUGGCCCCUGCAGGAAGCAUGAGGUUGGAUGCCUCAGCCGCGGGCUGGCAGAAUGGGGAUCUCAGCACCAGCUCCAAAUGCCACGCCCCAUCCUAGAUGAUGCCCAUGGUGCUCCUGGGGUGGGUGCUGAGAGCCCUGGGAUGGAGAUUCCCUCCCCCCGAAUUCGACCUCCCUGACUCUUGGCUUUAUGACUUGGGCAGAAAAGCUACUUUAAAAACCCAGUCCUUGGAGUAGGAGCCGCCCCCCCCCCCCACCGCGCACCCCAGCUGCAUCCACCGCCAGUGUGUCCCCCCCAGACUGCAAGUGCACCCACUCGUGCAUCACCCACAGGCUCAUCCUGGCUUCCCUCCCGGUGUCUGCCGACAAGCUGCACCCGGCGCCAGAUGGGCCGGGGGUCACGGCUGGAAUUUCCUGCCUGGGCCUUGGCUGAGUGUCGACCUCGGCCCCAUGGACAACAGCCCCCGCUGCUGCUUGGUAGGGAGCCAUUGUCCCUGCAGCCUGGGGAGGGGGCAGGAGAGGGCUGGGGGGUGCAGGAGGGAGAUGGGGCUAUCUAGAGGGGCAGGAUAGGGAUGGGGGCUGUCCAGAGGCAGGAAUAGGACAGGCUGGCUGGGGGACGGGGGCUGUCCAGGGGCAGGAU